AUGAUCUAUCGUAGAGGUUCUAAGGUACUAUUGCGGCAUUCACGUUUGAAAUAUAGUUCAUGUAAGAAACAGUAUGUGUCUAGCCUCCGCAACAUUAAAUUAGAAUCUCCAGUACCAUCCUUGAUUGCACCACCACUUUUUUACAAUCGGACCAUACUAAGCCCAAAUAAUGUGAAGAAUCUUGAUAAUUUCAAAUUCUCCGAUUCGGUCCCAACCAGAUCUGAUCUUUCUUCCGAAGACUUGAAGCCUAAUCCCAAGGAUCAGCUUAGAAAGGCGAAUCUCGGAACCAUGACAGAUGAACUACGAGCACUCAUACCCAAUAUCCUUAAUAAAUCAUUACCGAAAAAGAUCGUGUCUAACAAUGUUCACUUGAGGAUCUGUCCUACCCAUUUCCAGGAAUUCAAUGCCUAUUUCCCUACAUUGAAGGGCCACGUCUCCUAUUACACUACUUGCAAAACAUUACAAUUUAUUCUUACAUCUAUUGUUCUCAAUCCCAAAGUUAAGUUACAUAUACAGUCGAUAAAAACCAAUGCAGCUAAAGGUGAUUUAGGCCCAGAAAUACAAAGCGUAUAUUCUGGUAGUACUAAAAUAUAUAUCCGUUGGAAUACUUGUUUAGAAGGAUGCGAUCAUUUGUCUCCUAAUGAAAUUAUGGAGGGUCAACAUAGUGGCAAUAUUUCUAACUAUCACUCGACUUCUGAUGCAAAAUUGGGAUCCCAUAAGUGGUCAAAACUUGAUACCAAGAAGCUUGUGAAUAAUUCGAAUGGCCAACCAAUUAAGUCGUCACCUUCAGUUACUACUACCUUGUCCCAUUUAACAUCUGGACUCAUAGGUUUAACUAAAGAGCAUAAUAAAUUGGAACGUGUAAUAAGUGGGAUAUUCAUUUUCGAAUUAAAUGAAAAUAAUGAUAAGAUAAUAGUUCAUACCGUUGAAGAUGUUAACGUGAUCGAAAAAACUGAAACACAAGAUAUUGAUGGUGAAUUGAGAGUUUGUUGA